GAGAGAGAGAGAGAGAGAGAGAGAGAGAGAGAGAGAGCCACACUGCGUUAGCUGUAAACCGUGGCCCUGUCAUUACAGCCUCAGACGCCUUAGUGUCAGCAUAGUGCCAAUUUUUGCUCUGUCUCUCAGUCUCCCUGCCUGCCUUGUAUCUCUCUCUCUCUCUCUCUCUCUCUCUCUCUCUCUCUCUCUCUGUCUUCCGUGUUUAUCAAAUAUUUCAUGGUGGUGGUCGACUGAUUAGUUGCUGGAUACGAAGCUGAUCCAUACAACAAAAAAUGCGGCAGCUUUGUAGCAUAUUAUUGCUGUCAAUUGUCGUGGGCAUGUGCGAUGCCCACGGGCGCCUCAUCGACCCGCCUUCGAGGGCGUCUGCCUGGCGCUUCGGGUGGGGUACGCCCAUCGAUUACAAUGACAACGAAGGCUUUUGUGGCGGCUUCAAUUACCAAUACAACAUCCAAGGGGGGAAAUGUGGCAUUUGCGGAGACGCCUGGGACGAGGACCCGCGCCCCCACGAGGCCGGGGGGAAGUACGCCACGGGCACCAUCGUCAGGCAGUACACCGAAGGUCAGGUCAUCCCGGUCAAGGUCGACGUCACGAGCAACCACAGAGGUCACUUCGAGUUCAGGAUCUGUCCCAAUAACAACCCCAAGGUGGAGGCUUCGCAGACGUGUUUGAAUGAACAUCCUUUAUUCCUAGCUGAGGGAGGAUUCCAGUACGAACUACCAAGAUACAACGGAGAGCACGUCCUACAGUUACAGCUGCCCAAAAACCUGACCUGUACCCAGUGUGUGUUCCAGUGGAGAUACGUGGCUGGCAACAAUUGGGGUACUUGCGAGGAUGGAACCGGAAAUUUAGGGUGUGGCCCACAGGAAGAAUUCAGGGCAUGUGCUGAUGUAGCCAUAUCUGCUCAGCCCACGUGGUCGAGCAACGGGUUCACCGAAGCGACGGGAUCCAAGACGAAAUCCUCGUCUUCUGUUGGGAAAGUCACCAGCAGCUACAGUUGGUAUUCCACCCCGGAGCCAGACGUCAAGCCUACCUUGAGCCCAACAAUAAGGCCUCCUCCCCCGUCGACCUCCCGGACUGAACCUCCGCGAGGGACGACUACAAGCCGUCGGACCAGCGUACGUCGUACGACCAUCCUCCCCAGGCGGACGACCACGCCCCCUAGCAGCCCUAGCAGCAGACGUCCCAGGCCUCGUACCACGACUUUGGAGCCAGUGUCCUCACGGCCUCCGACGACUCCUAGGCCUGAGCCCAUACGCUCCACCGAGGAGCCCGAGCCGUCGAGUCUUUGUCGUUCGGUGGGAGUCUGGAAAGCAGUGCCUGGCAUGGAUGAGUGGUGCUUGAGGAAUUGUCUUCACACGCCUCCAUUCUGCCCUUCCUCGCAUUGUACCUGUAAUUAGACAGACGAAUUGAACUCCACUAUACUACGUAUGACCUAACUAGCUGAAUUUUACAGUGUACAUGGUAUACUUUUUGGUCUAAAUUCUUCUGAAGUUUAGCAACGACUCUGGAGAAAAAGGGAUUUGGCAAAAGGUCCAGAGUUACCAAGGAGGAAAGUUGUGCUCAAAUUCUGAGCUUUGGACAACAUUGUGGAUUUGGCAGAUGAGUAAAAUGAUCAGUAGAAGACUAUAACAAGCAAAAAUUCUAAUCAUUUUAAACAUAUGUAUAACGUAGACAUACACUAACUGAGACACAGUAAGACCGACUACUCACAUCUUCGCCAAAGUACAUGCCAAAUAAUGAUAGUAUUACUUAUGAGUAAGAUGAAUAUCCAGUGUGUCAUAAUAUGCUGAAGAUUAAGUUAUAGAUUAUGUAUAAUCACAAAUAAAGCUAUAUGCUGACACAGCAUUAUGCGCUUUUCUGAGUGGACGGGUGGGAUGUCAUUGGUGAUUUGCAAUUAGGUGGAAGUGAGUGAUUUUAUGUUCGUUUGAGGCAGACAGUCUCUGAAAUGGUCAUUAUCCUUGUCAUGUUUCCACGCUACAGUGAAACUUGCCAUACACAUUUGUUGGAGACUUAUUGCAUACAUCUCACAAACAAGUUGGAAACAUAUCGACGACAGUCAGCAGAGAAGGGGUCUUGGACAAAUGCUGGAUAAUCGUAUAAAGCGCUGGUUAUGGUUACCAAUUUAUCAAUGACUUGUAUUUAACACGUUUUUUGACAUGUGAGUGACAAGUUACCAACAUGUAGGUGUAUAAAACGUUUCACUGCAGUGUGGACUUACCCUUAGGAUAUGAGUAGCAAGAACAAUUCCAUUUUUUUUCUGUUGAUGUGUCCUGUACAGCAUAACGAAGGGAUUGUGUUAUACGGCCUUGAAUUUCCACGAUCUUAAAAACUGACGCCAGCAAGAUCUGACUGAAGGAAUGCAACAUCUUUUUAUGCUUUACUUGGAAGAGUAACAGUUGCAAAAGCUACUGACUUUUCUUAUGUAAGUCCCACAUAAUUCUGGCUGGAGACACUGGUUAGCAAAUAUAAGUCCCUUGGACCUUACAUAAAGUCCACUGGGCAUAUUUACCACUUCUUUGUAUUGAAAUGAUCACAGUAACCUGUUAACAUCUAAUAAGUUUCCUGUUUCCAAAUACUUUCAUGGGAUCAUUAUAGACUGUACAGAGGGCUCUCACCAACCCCUGGCACCUAAUCAGUAUAGGUUCGAAUCACACCGGGAAGGAGAAUUUACUUAUUCAUUACCUGUAGGAUGCCAAGUCUUGCAGAGGGAAAUUUUAUCAAAUAAUUUCGGGAACCUGAUGAGUUUAGAGGUUAUUGUUACUAUCUAAAAUCCACUAGGUAUUUUCAAAUUUAUAUUCAGUGUCGUGCCUGCUAUCUCAUAAGGAAUUAUGUUAUUGCAACCAGCUUUGUUAAUCUUAUAUUUACCAUCAGAAUGUUAUUAAUAAAGUCGAUGAUGAUAAGGGUUGCAUCAGCUUUGUCAUCAGGAAACAUGUCCAGUUCUAUGUUCAUAUAAAUACUGGACUGUAAAGGACAAGAAACGAUUAAAUAUACCAAGAAUGAUCAUGCAAUCACACUGCAAUGGCUGCAACUUACAUAAAAGGUCUACUGAUUUUCUAUCACAAAGCCUAGCACGAGUCAUUUCAUAAAGUAUUGAUGAAGGGACAAGAGAUUCUUUGUUGAAACGCAUCCCUUUUCAGAAGACAUACGACAAGUCAACAGCCUUCACUGUAAUGUUAUGUAUUUAUACGAUUCUGUAACGAUAUUUUGUAACUUAUUUUGCACCCAUUUCUAUUUAUCUGAAAUCUAGUUUGUAGUAACUAUUUAUCUUAUAUGUAACUUAUUUUUUCCCCCUUAUUCCUAGUCAAUAAAGAAUGAA